AACAUGGCGUAGGCAUAUUACCAGCAGCCUAGCUAACAUGCAAGCACAGACUUUGUUUACAAAUACAAACGCGAUCUUUGAGCGGAGCACGCCACCAACACGAAAACGCAGUACAGAUACGGGAAUCGAGAACACUAUGUCUUCGUCAGUUGCACCAACUAUCCUGUGUUCUUCGGUAUUCAAGAACAUGCGUGGCAUAGAACUGUUCAAUCCAUUCAAGAUCAUAUGGUCAGAUGAAUUCUUCCAGAAGGAAGACAGGUUUUCUGAUGAGAUUGUAGGAUGUCUGUGUACCUCGAGAUUCGUGCAUUUAAUCGAUGAUAACUUCUUGUCUAUGAUGCCGAACUUGAAAGUCAUCAGUCUUCAUUCUGCUGGAAUCGACACCCUGGACGUUCAGAAGAUGCAUCAAUUGAACAUCCGGGUGGCCAACAUUCCGCACCUAGUAGCUGAUACAACUGCCGAUAUGGCAUUUACAUUAAUACUUGCAACAGCGAGAAAACUAAAAAAAUAUCUGAAUUGGAUGAAGAACAUGUUAAUGCAACAUACUGCAGUACUUUGGAGGAGCUCCUGAAAAAGUCGGACUUUCUUGUACUUGCUGUUCCUCUCACUCCAGAAACCACCAACAUCAUUGGUCAGAAAGAACUGGCCAUAAUGAAGCCCACAUCCAUACUUAUUAAUGUUUCAAGAGGGCAUGUUGUCGACACAGAUGCUUUAGUUGAUGCUUUGAAGAAUAGCACGAUCUCGGCAGCUGGUCUGGAUGUCACAGCGCCAGAGCCUCUUCCGCUUGAUCACCCUCUUAUACAGAUGGACAAUGUUGUACUCUCUGGCCACACUGGUACAGCAACAGCCGAGACUCGUAGUGAAAUGCUAAAGCAAACAGUUAAAAACUUGGAAGCUGGUAUAAAUGGAGAGCCAAUGAAUAAUGAACUCUAACCAUAAGAUAAAAAAAAACAACAAAUUAUUUCUUCAUCAGUAACUGAUGUUAAACAUAUCUUUAUGAUAUCAAUAUUUUACAGAUACGGUAUUGUAUCUCUAAUCAGUUUCUUUUCAUUUGCUUUUGACUUACGUAAUAAAUAUUAAUUGUUUGUUUGCUUACUUACAUACUUACUUCUUCCCUUAACUACCUACCGUAUCUACUUAUUUCCUUACUUACUGUACUUACUUAUACUUACUUACCUACCUACCUACUCACUCACUCACCGUACUCACUCACUUUCUCAUUCCUCCACUCACUUACUCCCCCACUCACUCACUCCCCCACUCACUCACUCACUCACUCACUCUCACUUACUUACUUAUACUUAUAAACUUGCCUGCUUCCUUACUAAUCAUUUUAUGUGAUCCGUAAUAAGCAAGAUUCCUUAUUGUUAUGGGUGUUAUUAGCCGUUUUGUAAAGUGCAUAACCCAGAAGUUUCAUGCACUAGUGCAUUGAAAGGGACAACAAAGGUGAGUAAAAGAAAUGAAAAUCCAAAAACAACACUAACAAAUUUUUAACAAAAGAAUUACUAAGAAAUAAUUGCAGUAUUGCCAGAAUUCUACCCAAGACCGGUUUUUAAGUUGUGCAUCGUAAUUACCAAAACCACAGUUCCUUCACUUUCAGAUAUUAUUUAAUAAAUAUUUUAUUUGUGUUAAUUGCGUAUUAUGUCAUGCCUAGUCAUAAGCCCAUCGAUUCAUCCUACCGGAUAGGCCCUGCUCGGGGUUAAACCAACUUCAGUGAGACCAUGAAAAUAGUUAUAUUUUGUAAUUCUAAUCGAAGUGUAAAUCUAUAUGAGUGAUGCAUUUUACAUAAGUAAAGCCUUUGCGCGGUUUAGUAAUAUUGGGCCCUAUUAAUAAAAAUAAGUAUUCAUCCAGUAAAAGCAAGAUAAGAACGAAUGAAAAACAAUGAAUCAAUAGAUGGAAUUUGGAAGUCCAGGAUAAUUGACAACUAUCGGUACAAGAUACUUUUUAACCAAACCAUUUAUUCAGUAUUGCCGUGAGCAGAACUAUAAUUUUUGUCUAUAUUGAAGAAUACUAUAAUAUUGUAAAAUAAAUAUAAAGACUAGAUAAA